CAAUGGGGCGGGAAUUGAAACCUCAGCACUGAAAGCGGUACAAGCAACACACUCGCGUCAAGUGUUGAAUAGAAGAAGAAGAUAAAAAGCCGGCUACACAAAACAAUUCAACUUUAUCCGCGCAGCCGCAUAACUGAAUGAGAAUAACGGUGAGAUGAAAUCACUGGAAAAUCGGCACUCUCCUUUUAGAAGGACGCCUAUAAAAGCUCCGACGACUAUUGAACAAUCUUCAGUUGACUGAUUGGCGCGAUUAAAUGAAGUUCAGAAAAAGUAAGGCGAAAAUAUUAAUCAGUUGAGACCUCAGUGAAACGCAACAAUUGUCAUUGAAUAGAGGAUGUAAAGGAGUAGAAAAUAUAUCUUCAAAUAAAGAAACCACAAAUAAAGUUGAAUUUCGGUCGAACGAUUAUCUGCGACUCCGCGACGGAAAUCUACGAAGCAUUCAUUCGUUCCAAACAUUUGCAGCUUAUGGCAAUUAAACUUUAUUUAUAAAUAAUUAUAAUAACAAAAUAUAUUGUGUAUUAAUUGCAAUUAAUUUGUGCGUCAGUGAAAGAGGCCAUGAGAGCCAGAUAUUUGUGAAUAUGUCAGAUGAAUAAGUGCAUACAUAAUGUGCAAUACUUUGCGCUUUGCAAAUGAAAAAGAGUUAUAACUGCUCGUCGUUAGCGGUUUUAACGAAAUAAAAAAUAAAUCAAAAUCAAAUGUGAAAUAUUUCUUCUAUGGAAUAAAAAAAAAUUAUUUUGUUAACGAUACAGUGUGAAUCCCUCAAGCGAUUAUAUGCACAUGAUAUAUGUAUAUGCUGAACUAACUGCAAGGGAUAGUCCAAUUUCAAUUCCAAUGUGUUAAAUAUUUGCUUACAAAACGAGAYUCGAUUAAGGAUUUCCGGAGUAAUAACAGCUAACCCCACCACCGUUAUCGCUAUGGAUCGCGCCUGUGAAGUGAAAUUGUUGCUCGUGGCUAAAAAUAUGGCAGCAACACUUUACUGAGCACUUGAGGAGCAAAUCUUGGUAGCCUCAAAAUCAUAUCCUCAACAAACARACGGAAAACAUAAGCACAGGCGAAGAACAACAUUACAUAAAGUGCAAAGAAAACUCCAGAAAACACUAAACAUACCAAAGGAGUGGGCUGUUCUAAGAAAAGCGAUAGAAAUGAGCACCAACACGCAGUCGUGGCCCGUGGUUGUCGCGUACGUUKUGCUUUGUUCCUCUCUGCUCGUAUCCAGCAUUCACUCRACACCUAUUUCAGUGAAAGGUGGACUCGACUCUGCCCCCUGUGUCCACGAUAGCAUCUCCGAGUUGAUCAAAAAGAGCCCGGUCAUACUGAAAGCUCUUGGCGCACAUAUCUUCACAGACGACACCACCACCAAUGAAUUACUAAAUGCAGCGAAAUUGGGCGCUGCUGCAGAUGGAGGUAGCGCUGUCAAUGGCGAAGUGAAAAAACAGAAUUYGCAAAAUAAUUUGUUCGCAUCAGCAACAUUUCACACAACCAUUGGCAGUCCAACGUCCGUCGCAGCAACAACCCAGCAACGGCCAUCGGGCAUCUCCAUUACUGGAGCGACAGCCACUACAGAAGCGGCUACAGCGGACUGGGCCAAAAAGCUGGACGGGGCCAUUUUAAUAACUUUAACACCGGAAACGAUAUACAAAGGCGCGUCACUUUUGAAAAUGACACCCGGAGCGGAGAAUGCAGCACGUGGCGGAAGCGGUGGCGGAGGUAACAACGGUAGAGGAGAUGAAAGUGGCAUAGGCCGUAGUGGCUAUAACCCUGGAUGUGGCAGCAGCGCAACAGCCGAGUCUGCAUAUCAGUAUGAAGGGCAGCUAAAUGCAACAAUCAAGCCUUUGUCCUGCUUCGAUGGAAACCUUUUGAAAAGUCUACCCACUGAAUUAAUUGUUUUUGGCAAAUUGAGAACUGCACAGCAGCAACAACAAUUACCAAGCGAAUUUAAUACAGCUCCAGAAACUGACUUUUUGUCCAUAAGCAUAAAUGGUUUGCAUCGUUGGAGUCCACAAUUUGAGAAUCACAUCUGGAAACAUUUGGGCUGGGAUGAUUGGAGUGAUUUUACGCUUUGCAGCGUUACAUGCGGAAAAGGUGUACAACAACGGUUUCGCCGUUGUCUGCUMGAUAAUCCGAUGGUGAAUUUCAACAUGCACCUAAACUUGAACGCGGCUGUUGACGCUGAGGUGGACGRGCUGAGCAGUGCAGGCGUUGAAAAUACCGAAUCGCUAGACAAUACAUUAGGAGGCUUCAACAGCGCAGAAUUUGAAACUGUGGCAAUGAUGGACACAAAUGACAGCGACAAUCUACAGCUGCGUAAACGGCAAACAACCCUGAAAGUUUCCGCUGAGUUUGAAACUACUCCAGAGAUUGCUAAAGUCGCAGAAAUUGUGACAUCAAAAGUGCAAUCAGAUCACGAUAUUAAUGUAGUGUCCGAAGCUAAUUUGCWAAAGAGACUGACUGUACGCGCCAUUACACCGUCAGUACCAUACGACGGAAGAACAUCUACAACCAAUAAGAUUGGCCAGGUAGAUUCUUCUAGAGGCAGAAACAAAGACAAUACCGAAGUAUUGGUGCAACAGUUCGAAACUUAUCUCCGAGUAAAUGAAGCCAGUUUUCUCAACAAUAACCACCUGAAAGUAAAUGACAAAUUUGCAAAUAAGUUAACCAAGGAUGAAGUGAACCAAAAAACUGCAAUUGAAAUGCAAGCGAAGAAUAAAACGGAACGUCAGAAUAAACGCCGAAGGCCGAUGAAAAACUAUUCCACUAUGUUUUGUGAAGGUUACAACAUAGAACAGCGAAAUUGCAACACUUUCGAUUGCAGCGAUGACAUAAAUGACUUAUUAAAGUUUUAUAAAAAGGUCCCUAUGUCGGAGGAUACUGCAAGCCCGGCUACAGUUUCAUUGCAGUCGCCUACCGGGACGGUUGAUGGGCACACCACAUCAACAGCUACGGCGGUGGACUCAGCAUCCGUGACAGUUAACUCGCUUGGCAAUGUGGCUACAACAGGCACCACAUCAGCUACUAACAACAGAGAUGGCUCUGAUGACACUGAUAUCASAGCUUCUGGCAGCGGYGCGACAAAUGCAAAUGCYGUUGGCAGCACCUUAACUAUUGGCAACAGUGCACCUUCGACGACGCCAGCAAAUAUGGGCUACAUACGUAGUUGGCGGAAUCCGCUGAACUUUACGAUAAUGCUAACCUUGCGAGUUCGAAAUGACAGUAAAGCCGCAACGACAAUUUUCUCCAUACGCAACGCCACCCACAAUAUGUAUUUGGAAUCGUGCAAGGACGGUCUGCGAUUGUAUCUAGAGCGAGACGGCACCACUGAAAUGCUGCCAGUGAAAUUUAAUUUAUACGAUUUUCGUUGGCAUCAAGUGGCCAUCAGUAUUGUGUGAGGAAGAUUGGGCUUAACACCGAACAUGACUGAAUUCAAAAUAUUGAUUCAUAACAAUUAAGGACGUUAUCUAAGCUUUAGAAAAAUAUUUAUGGGUUUUUAGCAAACAUAGAUAUGUAUGUAUAAUGCUAUACCUAAUGUCAUAUGUAUAAUGGCAAUGUGGCCAUCGUCUAUCUGUUUUACAAAAUUCAUCAUAUUAUUUCUUACCCUCACUCAUUGCGUUCAUAGAAAUAGCGUUUACGUAUUCGAAUAUAAAUGAAGGUAGGGGGCCUUUUCUUUUACUAUACCCAAAUCAGAUGUAGCAAAUUCAUACCUCAUGAUUCUUAAGCAUUAUAUAAAUAAACAAUGCAUCAGUCGAUCAGUCGUCAGCACACAAAAACAUUGAACAGUUCGACAUACCAAAUGCUUAUUGAAAUUGUAUAAAUUGUUACAGAGUUAAGAGUGCCUCGCGCCGCUUUAUACCUUAUAAACGUGGAUAAACGCGGCAAAUAUUUUGUUUUUAUUUCUCUGUUGUAAGGAUUGUUUUCCUGCGUCUAACUUUUGCACAAAUUGACCUUUUGUAUUGCAAUGCAAGUAUUUAGCACCCUUAUAAGCACAAAUACAUAUGCAUAACUCUUCAGUCCUUUCAUACGAUUUUUGUUCGACUUUAAAUUACAAUUAUCUCUUUCGCUUUAUUAUUGCAUGCGUACAUCCUUCCCGCACUUGCCACGGACUAAACGGCAGUAUACAAAAUGGCGAUUUCAUUUCCAUUUAUGCCGAUUGCUCCUGGACAAACAGUUUUGUUGUGUCGAARCGCCUGUACACGCUGCCACUG